GGCAUAAACACAGGCGAGAACAGACGGUUCAUCGCCAUCUUUAUAAAUAUUUACUGGAUAUCACAACAUCGAACUUCUUGGAACUUCAUUAUUACAGUCAGGAUCAUUUUGUUACCAAGCGGAAUUACUCGUUUCGAAACAAGUUGUUCAGACAUUGCUCCGAUGACCAAGAAAAAAACGAAAACUGUGUUUAAGCAGUUACUCUGUGAUCACAGCCACAGGAGCCUGUCUUCAUCUAGUGUGAUGGGUCAUCUGACAAUAUGGGCGUGGGUGGCAGCUUGGCCUUACCUCGUAGCCGCCCUUCCGCAGGACAGAACAUCACUGGCAGAGGUCUUGAGGUCCUCACCAGCAUGGGCCGGCGUCGACCGCGAUUCCUGCACGUGCCGAGAACGACAUGAUCCAUGUCCUGUCUCGCUUCCUUUGUCCAGGGAACUGCUCACCAAAGUAGGUGUUGUGUGUAUUCAGAGUCUGCAAUUCUGCUGUGAUUUCAAGACACAGCAAAAGGAAAGAGCAGCUGAAAAAUCUAGUAAGCCACAAACACAUUCUAACACAGCAUCAAAAAAAGUACAGAGUAUUACUGACAAGGAGCAAACUAGUAUCACCAGUCUUGGUGUAGUACCUUCUGGCCAAGAGAUAACAAAAAACUCAAUAAAUGAUCAACAGAAGGGAAAUAAGAUUACACAACAUGUCUUGGAAGAAAAUGCAUCCAGUCUGCAAGGGACAGACGUUCCAGAAUUACAUGUAAGAACUAAAAAGGAAAAUAAGAAAGAAACAGUCAAUGGAGUCACGCAACCCCAGAUUUCAUCAGAAAACAAAAAUCCCAAAAAUGAUGUUAGUGGUCUAGAUUUUGAAGCUGAAGAACUAAACUCCACAACAUAGAAGAGAAUGAUGUCAGUGAUAACAAAAGUACAGAUUUUGUGCCACAUAUCACAGUAAGUGAAAAGGAGCUAAACAAAUCAUCUCAAUACUCUAAAAGUAAUAUUACAGCUGGAAAUCCCAUAAACAAUGAAAAACCCACGAAUGCGC